AUGACUCCUAAAGAGGAGGAAAGUGAGCACAGAGAAGCAGAUGGACAACAUGUACAGCAGCUCCUCUCUCACAACUCUGAUGCUGCUGAGAAUCAAGAUCCCAAAGAGAAGAAGCUGAAGGACUCAGAGAUCACUGUAAAAUCAAAACAAAGACAAAAGAGACACAGAAAACACACAGACGUCCCACAGCAACAUGUGUGUAAGGAGGAGGAGGACGAGCAGCAGCUCUGUCACCAGGAGAGGAAGUCCAGUCUGGACCAGGAGGAGCCAGAGCCUCCACAGAUGAAAGAGGAGCAGGAGGGAGAGCAGCUCAAACAGGAGGAGACUGACACGCUGAUAAUGACUCCUAAAGAGGAGGAAAGUGAGCACAGAGAAUCAGAUGGACAACAUGUACAGCAGCUCCUCUCUCACAACUCUGAUGCUGCUGAGAAUCAAGAUCCCAAAGAGAAGAAUCAAAAAGACUCAGAGAUCACUGUAAAAUCAAAACAAAGACAAGAGAGACACAGAAAACACACAGGUGAGAGUUGUUACUCCUGCAGCACUUGUGGACAAAGAUUCAGCCAGAAAUCACAUUGGAAUCAUCACAUUCGUACUCACACAGGUACAAGAAAGUACACCUGUGGUACCUGUGGGACAUCAUUUACACGUAAAUGUACUUUGGAUGAACACUUAAAAAUCCAUACAGGUGAAAAACCACAUGCCUGCACAAUGUGCAACAAAUCUUUUAGAAAAAAAGGUAAUUUGACAGUCCACAUAAUGACACACACAGGUGAGAAGCCUUUCUCCUGCAGCACCUGUGGAACAAGAUUCUAUACAAAAUCACAUAUGAAUCGGCACAUCCGUACUCACACAUGUACAAGAGUGUACACCUGUGGAACAUCAUUCACACAUAAAUUUACUUUGGAUGAACACUUAAAAAUCCAUACAGGUGAAAAACCACACACCUGCACAAUAUGCAACAAAUCAUUCAGACUUAAAAAUGAUUUGACAAUUCACAUGAGAAGACACACAGGUGAGAAGCCUCACUCCUGCAGCACCUGUGGAACAAGAUUCAGUCGGAAAUCAGCCUUGGAUCAGCACAUUCGUACUCACACAGGUACAAAGCCGUACACCUGUGUUACCUGUGGAAGAUCAUUCACACAGAAUUCUGUUUGGAACAGGCACUUAAAAAUCCAUACAGGUGAAAAACCACACACCUGCACAAUGUGCGACAAAUCUUUUAGACAAAAAUGUGAGCUGACAGUCCACAUGAGAACACACACAGGUGAGAAGCCUUACUCCUGCAGCACCUGUGGAACAAGAUUCAGUCAGAAAUCAACCUUGGAUCAACACAUUCGUACUCACACAGGUUCAAAGCCGUACACCUGUGUUACCUGUGGAAGAUCAUUCACACAGAAAUCUUGUCUGAUCCAGCACUUAAAAAUCCAUACAGGUGAAAAACCACAUACGUGCACAAUGUGCAACAAAUCUUUCAGAGACAAAGGUAAUUUGACAACGCACAUGAGAAGGCACACAGGUGAGAAGCCUUUCUCCUGCAGCACCUGUGGAAAAAGAUUCUGUCAGAAAUCAGAUCUGAAUAAGCACAUUCUUACUCACACAGGCUCAAAGCCAUUCACCUGUGGUAACUGUGGAAGAUCAUUCACAGAUAAAAGGUCUCUGGACUACCACGUAGAGAUCCAUGCAGACUAUAAUGGUUAAACUUCCUAAAUCUGUGUCAGGUCUCUCAGAAUUGGUGCUGACUUGAUGGUUCAUGAGAGAAGACCUGACACUGCUGAGACACUGUACCUUUGAUACCUGAGAUCUGCUAGAAAAGAGACUUUGACUCCUCGACUUUUUUGUGACUAGUGUUAGGUCCUGUUACUGUUAAAGUUACUUGUUAUGUUCCCAGAUUCCUGCCAUUAAAAACAUUCCUGUGUUACAUAGUGAGAAAAGUAACACAUGAAGCCCACUUCAGACCAAAGAUUCAUGACACAAGCAGACAGAACAGCUCCAGUCAGAACAGCUGAUGGUGUUGUCAGUUUCUGCUUGUCUUGCUGUUAAUCUUUGGUCUGAUCUGGGAUUUAGAGUACUUUUGCAUUACUGAAGAUUUAAAUGUUUUUGUGACUUGCUACACAGUGCAUCUUCAUGCAGCUUUAUGUACAGUUCAUUCUCUGCAGUUUAAUAACAAUGCAGUUCUUCGUUUUAAUAAUAUGACAGCAGACUUAGCUCAGAGGUAUAAAGUAUUAAACAGCUGUUUGAAUGAAAACACUACAACACAAGCUUUUGAACUUUUGUUUCAUGUUGAUGUUUUUCUUGUUCUUUUGUUAAGAAAUGAACAUUAACAGAUUUUUCCAAACAAUAAAUGUUCUGUCUGAAAGCUCACUAGUUAAAUCAGCUGGCUACUCAUGCACAUUGACACAGGUGUAUGUUUACCUUUGGCUGGUACCAGCGUUUCUGCUAGACUUUUUUGUCCCUGGUCAAAAUGACCAGCAGUCCUCAAGAAUUCCAGCCAUUUAGAACAACUACAGGACAUUUGCUUUAACAUUAUUUUGCUGUAUUAACAGCAGCAAAACGCAUAAACCUGAUAUUCUGUGAUACAUUGAUACAUACAAGUAUGCGCUAAACGGGAGAGGGGACACAUUUUUAUUUCCAGACCUGACCCAAAACCGAGACAGUAGAAACCAAGCCGACAGUAAACCUGAGUAAUUAUUAUCCUAUUACAGACUGGUAGACAUGUACACAUAAUUAGACCCUAGAACCAACUGCACAAAGACUUUCUCUUAUUUUUCUUUGUGGAAGUGGUUUAAAGUUUCAAAAUAAAGGCUACGCGCUUUUCCUUACACACGCAGUCAGUUACACAUUAUACACCCACGUUAAACUCAUAAACAACAACGGUUAGCUUCACAUUAGCACCGUAAGCCUGUUAGCACAUUGGCUGCUACUGUAACUUAGCAGCUUACAACAGCCACGGAAACUCAGGCUGGUACACAGCUAUGUGCCGACAAGUUGGAGAGAAACAGAAACUGUGCAUGUGCUUUUAGGAUUUGCUUUUAUCACAGUUAAAUUGAAAAUCAUGUAUUUUUACACGAAUGUAUUACUUUUAUUUAAA